AUGAAAUAUACAUUUGAAACAUUACCAAACGAAAUUUUUAUUAUUAUAUUUUCGUAUUUAUCAUGGCUAGAAAUGUUAGAUUCUUUAUGGUCAUUAAAUAAUCGUAUAAAUUAUCUUAUUUGUUCAGUUGUUUCAAUAAAUAAUGAUAAACGAAAAAAUGGCAUUGCUAUUAAAGAACCAGGUUUAUCUUAUAACAAAUGUUAUUCCAAAUUCUUAUCAUUACUUAAUCAUUCGUCAUCAUUAGCUUUUUGUUCUUCUAUUCGAAAUAUAUGUUUUGAUGGAACAAAUUCAAUGGCCUGUGAUAUUAAUUAUGAAUGGAUUUUUCAAAAUAAUAACGAGAAAAAAAUUCUUCGCUUUUCAAAUCUUAAAUCACUUACUGUUACUCAAUGUUGGUUAUCUGAAUCCUUAAUCGAAAAUUUAUCGUUACUUAUUCAAAAUCAAUUAGAAGAUCUUACAUUAAUAUUCGAUACAGAAAUGUUCAGUUCUUUUCUAUAUGAAAAGAGAUUGGCGACAAGGAACUACACAAGAAACCUAUUAAACAUAUUCAAUCGUUUUCUACGUCAAUUAUUCUCGUCUCAAUGUCAAUUGAAUUCUCUUCAACUUGAUAUUGGUAAUUAUGAGCUUGGUUAUAACACUGAUGAGUGUACAGAAUUAUUCUCUCAUUCUUCUCAAAAUCCAAUUUUCAAUGAAUUUCAAUCUUAUUGUACAACUCUGUCUCGCUUACAUAUUCACAUAAAAUAUACAUAUUUGCUUGAACAUCUUAUUGAAUAUAUGCCUGCUCUUGAGCGAUUAUCGAUCAAAUUUAAUGAAUCAUUAGAUAUUGAACCGCGCUCUGGAGCAUUUAUUGAAAAAUUGAGUCAAUCAAAUGGAGAUUGGUGUAAUAAAGUGUCAAAACUACGAUAUUUUACUUUAAAAACGUUCAUCCGAAAUGAUUGGGAAUUUGUCUACUUAAAAUGGCUUCUCAACAAUAUCAAUCAUGUUAAAAAUCUGAAACUUCAUCUUGGAAGUGGAGAAUUAUAUGGAACAAAUCAAACAAUAUGGAAAUCUUUUAUCGAUGCAAAUUUUGUUCGACAAUAUUGUUUACCUGAUAUAAUAACUAAUAUCAUAGAUUUUGAUUUUUAUAUUUGUUCUCAUUGUGAAGUAUUAUCAAUUGAUGCUGGAGAAAUACUCAAUUCAUUCCAAUUUCAUCCGCUUUUCAUUAAUUGUCAGUGGACAAAUGUAAGAUAUUUUUAUGAUCCAACAAUAUCAUAUCAACAUUUAUUUUCUACAAAUAUCAAUACUACACUUCAAUUCUUUAAUGGUUUAGUUAAUUAUCCGUAUCUUUUUGAAUGGCCAAAUAUUCGACAUAUUUCGAUUAGUUUUCAUCCAUCACUUUAUAUAUUUCUUGAAAAACUUGACGAAAUAUUUCCCAAUGUUUCUUCUAUCACAGUUCGUAUGGAAUAUUAUGCAAGUCGUGACGACUCAAACCUUCAGUUAUCAUUGACAAAGCCGUUCGAAAAAGGACUAAACGAAGUGACCGAUAUUCAAUUUCGAAAUAUUACAAAACUUAAAUUUGGAUAUUACUUUACUCGUACGAUCUAUGCUUGUGAUCAAUCAAUAGAUCGAAAUAAAGAACGUGCAAAAGUACUUGCUCAACUUCUUUCAAUGCCUGUGCAGCUCAAAUAUCUUCUAAUUGAAAAUUUUCAAUGGUUCUUGCAUAUCAUUGAAUAUGCAUCUAAUCAAUUAAAAAAGGACGCAUUAAUUACUGUUCGAUAUAUUGAAUUUGGUAUUCCUAGUUGUCAUCGUGGCUCAAAUGAAUCAGUUAAUAUUGGUAAACAUCUUGUACCUGUUCUCAAGAUGUAUAUGCCUAAUUUACAUACAUUACGUCUUUGGCGACCAGAUGAUUUUCCGUGGACAACCAUUCGACCAAAUUUUCCAGAAGGAUAUAUUCAUAUGACUUUACCUCAACGAUGGAUGAAAUCGUUAAAAACAUCUGAAUCGAUCGCUCAGCACGUAACUAUCUUUCAACAAGAUCUUUGCCAAUUAAUCGAACAAUUGAAGCAAUUUGUCUUUCUUAACAUUUACGGUUUAACUUCUUGUGAAAAAGUAGAAGCUUAUCAUUCAAUGGUUAAAACUCGUUUUCCUAAUAGUCGAAGUCAUGUUGAUAUAUCAAGAUUUUCUCUUUGGCUUUGA